UUUUGUAUUGAUAUAGAAAGAAAACAUAAACAAAUAGAGGAUUUGAAAAUCAUUGACUUUCUAUUUAAAAUGGAUGAAGUUUGUCGCGUUUGCACAAGCAGCGCAGUCACUCUAGUGGAUAUAUUCGCCAAGCGCGACCAAUCCGACGAAUCCGAGCCCUGUCUGGCCGAGAUGCUGAACGAAUGCGUUGACUGUCUCGUAAGACGCGACGAUCCGUUUCCCAAACAAAUUUGCUUAUCCUGUGUGCUGGCUGCGCAAAAUGCAUAUCGUUUCAAACGGAGGUGCGAGCAGAGCUAUCAACACUUCUGUCAGCUGCUCCGCGAGGCGUGGCAAUAUCCGGAGUGCACCAUCAAAGUAGAAGCUAAGGAAAUUGAGGAAGAGGAGCGAGGAGUCAAUAGAAACAAUAUAGAAGUGCACAUAAAGAGCGAGGAGCAGGAGUUCAUGGAACCGAUAGCCAACUCAAACACCAGUGAACAGCUCAAUGAAUCAGUCCAACUGCAAUCAAGUAAAUCGGACAAUGCUCAGCCAUGUCCCGUUUGCUCAAAGGCUUUCACGAACCAAGGCAGCCUUAAGAGGCAUAUUCGGAUUCAUUCCGGCGAGCGACCCUAUACCUGCAUCUACUGCCAAAAGACCUUCAAUCAAAGUGGUAACCUGCACAAACAUAUGAGAUUGCACACAGGCGAGCGCCCGUUUAAGUGUGUCGAGUGCCCGAAGUCCUUCACACAGAGCAAUCAUCUGGCCAAUCACAUACGCAUUCACAUACGUUCAUGGCAGGUUAAGGAGCGGCCUAGUCCUGUCGACAGACUAUACAAGUGCACAGAAUGCUCAAAGGCCUUCACUAGCAAAUGGUAUCUGCAGGAACACAUACGCGCCCAUGCCGGUGAACGUUCCUUCAAGUGUAGCCUUUGCCCCAAGACAUUUCCGAGUAGCGCAGAUCUGCAGCGGCACAGUCGGGUUCACUCUGGCGAAAGGCCGUAUAAGUGCAUGCACUGUCCAAAAACGUUUACCCAAAUUGUUAAUCUGGAAAGGCAUAAACGUGUCCAUUCUGGGGACCGCCCCUAUCAGUGUCCACAUUGUCACAUGGCCUUCACGCAGAGCAGCCAUUUGGUCAACCACAUUCUCACUCAUUCGGGAGAACGGCCUUUUCAGUGCUUGGAGUGCAUGAAGAGCUUCACCCGGAAAGAGUAUCUAGAAAAACAUAGACGAAUUCACUCAUUUCCAUAAGCAGGCAUUC